ACCGAACCGAACAAUGAGAGAUGGACCGAACAAGAUUCGGCGCCUCGAAUGUCAUUAAUGUCAUGUUUUGAUUGUUUUGGUGGUUUAGGAAAAUUUAUCGUUCGUUCCUCAUGAUAUGCGAAUCUUGUAAUGAAUAGAAAUCUAUUAAAAUCACAAAUGCAAGUGAAUGGUUGCAAUAUUGAUUCAAAUAGAUAUGAUUAUUAAAUGGCAUUUAUGCGUUUCGAAUCGGUCGUCACACGGGAGACUUGAGAAGCAAUCCAUAAAUCUUCGCAAUAUGUAGUAAUUCAUUUUCCCAACUUGAAAGGAACUUAUGCAUUAAAUUUUGGCAGUUGUCAGCUGUCAAGGUCUGUUCUAUCUCUGAAUUUUUUCUGCUGCAUGGAUCUUCAAGUAAAUUAUUGACAGCUGUAGUUAAUGUUCAAGUCAUUUUGAAGAUUGUGAGAGUUUGUCAUUUGCCUAAAGCAAAAAUGCCAGUGGACAUAAAUCGUUUAACAGAAGGAUGGCUCGAGUUAGAAAGUGAUCCAGGGUUGUUUACUCUUUUAUUGGAAGAUUUUGGUGUGAAGGGUGUUCAAGUUGAAGAAAUUUACGACCUCCAGAAAUCACUGGAAGGUCCUGUUUAUGGUUUUAUUUUCUUAUUUCGAUGGAUAGAAGAGAGAAGAUCUAGACGUAAAAUUGUUGAUCAAAGUGAAACGUUUGUCAAAGAUGAAGAUGUAGUCAACAACAUUUUCUUUGCUCAACAGAUGGUACCUAACAGUUGUGCGACUCAUGCUCUACUAUCUGUCUUGCUGAAUUGUCCCAACAUACAUUUGGGUGCUACCCUUAGCCGCCUAAAAGCUCACACUUCUGGCAUGUGUCCAGAGAAUAAGGGUUGGGCAAUUGGUAACACCCCUGAAUUGGCAAAGGCACAUAAUUCCCAUGCUAUGCCACAAGCAAAAAGACGUCUAGAUAAAUCAUCUGGUGUCAGUACUGGUCGUUAUACUGGGGAAGCUUUUCACUUUGUUAGUUAUGUUCCAAUACAUGGGAAACUGUUUGAACUUGAUGGUUUGAAGCCAUUUCCUAUGGACCAUGGACCAUGGGGUGAGAAGGAAGAUUGGACUGAAAAAUUUCGUAGAGUAAUAACUGACAGAUUAGGUAUUGCGACAGGAGAACAGUAUCACGACAUUAGGUUCAAUUUAAUGGCUGUUGUGCCUGAUCGAAGAUUAGCUCUUGUCCAUAAAUUAAAAAUGCUAAAAACAAACAGGCAAAUAGUUUUGGAAGCAUUACAACAACUUGUUAAAUUAACUCAUCCAGAUCUCACUGAUAAGGAAAGUGUACAGAACACUGAAGAAAAAAAGGAAGCAGAAACAUCUAACAACAAAGAAAAGAAGGAUCCACCCAAAGCAAACAACGAGAAAGUGAAAAUAAAUGGUGUUAUCCUUGACGUAGAGAACAGUAAAGCUGUUAAAAAGGAAGUCAACGAUCAGGAAACCUGCAGUGUGUCUCAUCCUAUUUUGGAAACUCACAAUUAUGCCAAAACUCAAGUAGACCUCUCUCCUGACACAAGUAAUUCACAAGAAGAAAAAUCUAAUACUGAGACCAAAGAGGAAAAGGAAAAAGAUCCUUCCAUGGCUGAGUUUUCUCAAGAUCGUCCAACUGCAAUGGUGCCAGUGGAAAAUAAUGAAUCUGCAUCCCAGGAACCAUCUCCCAACCCACUAACUACCCAGGCCAACCCACAGACAUCCAGUGCCCUGCCGCCAACAACACAGGAGUCAUGCGUGAUGCAUCAAGAAUCAUCUUUGUCACCUCAGGCCCAGUCGGGUGGGGAGCAGCCUGCACCGGUUGUGCCUGCACAGACUCCAUCUGCUCCAAAGGCUACUUCCGAUGCUGCUUCUGCUUUAGCACCCUCUACCCCCACUCCCCCUACAACGAUUGUGGUACCUACAGUAACAACCACUCCAGCUACCCAACCAGUAUCAACAGCCCAAUCAACUUCCACGUCUCCAACAACUGCUACAACCACUGCCCCUUCCACUCUCUCUGCACUGGGAUCUCACUCCCCCUGUACUACUCAACCUUCCUGCUCAUUGCCUUCUACCACUACAACUUCAGCGCCAGCAACAGCAGCAGCGUCAAGUUCCACUCCCCAGAGUACUGCUUCAGCUUCUUUGCUUUGCCCUCCUGGGCCACCAGAUUAUUCCACCCCUCUCACUAUCCAGACAUCACCAGCCCCCAGUACUUCAAGUACGGACACAUCGUCAGAAGUGGGGUCAGCGUUUAAUUCUCCUACACAAGGCUGGGGUUGGAAUUCUGGACAAAGCAGCCCUACAUCAACAAAAGAUUUCAAAAAAUUUGUAGUGAUCAGAGUAGCAGGAAGUGGUGAUGAGAAAGCGGAUUCUCCUUCAGGUCGUACUGCACCUAAUGUGAAUAAUAAUGGCAAGAGACUUUCAUCCGAUACUGGCAAUGCAUCUAAAAGAGUUUGUUUAGAAAAUGGACAGAAAACAUGGGAAAAAGAAGGAGAUAAACCUCCUAGCACAUCUCAGGAUAAUGCAACAGCAACUGUAUCUAAAGGAAAUUCAACAGAAAAUGACAACAGCCUUGUUUCAGAAGAGAAAAAACCUGAUGCCAAAAUUUGCAACAAAUAUCCAGAACUCUUUGAACCUCAUACUUUUGCCCCAAAAGACCUCCUUGCUCUUCUUAAAAAUUUAGAGAAUGAGAUAAGCGUGUGCGAUAUGAACUUGAGGGAUGAAAAUGAGAAGCGGAAAAAGUAUAAGAUUGAUGAUUGCCGGCGUACUCAUAAUUAUGAUGAGUUCAUAUGUACUUUUUUGUCAAUGUUGGCCCAGCAAGGAAAACUUGCCGAUCUGGUUCAACAGCAUCUAUUAUUGAAAAAACCGGGUCUUCCUGUUCCAAGAGUACAAAGGGCAACUAAGAAGGCUGAAACAAGACCCAGUCCCUCAAGGCGCCGCAGAGGUCGUACCAAAUACCGAAAACGCAAGUAAAUGUAACUUUCCUUCAAAUGCUUAACUUUUGUCUGUGGCAUUAUGACAUGUAUUACUCUCAACAGACUUUGAUUUGAUGUCAAAGAGAUUUCACUAUAUUUAUUUAAUUUAUUUAUUUAUUUAUUUAUUACUGAUUUCCUUGUAGAUGAAGGGUUGUGUGGCCGAUAUCUCUGUGAAAUCUUUGUUUGGCUGUCCAGAUAAUAUUGCACCCUAAUCAGUUUUUUCAAGGACCCUGUAUAUCUUCAUAUAACAGGCCUGCCCAAGGCCCUCAACAAGGCUGCUCACAGCACAUUAGCACAAUACAGGUAGUGGCUGCCCAUGCAUAUGCUGGCCCUUUUCGUAAUUCACAAAUGCUAUGUAUGUUAUUGCUUAGCCACCCACUGCUGGUGCCUUUGUGGGAACUUAUCACAAAGGUGCUGCCCCUGCUCUUUAAUUAGUCUUCUUCCCUCUCUGUGCUUGUACUGUUGAUGAGCCCUUGCAUUCAAACAGCUCAGUUUGACCUGGCUUUUGAUAUAUUGGGUCCUUGCAGUCCUCAAAGAUAUAUUGUACAUCUUUAAAAUGUUGGCAAUAUUGCUUGGAAUAGCCUCUCUCAGUCAUGCUAACUUACUAUUCCUUGUUCUUUGCAUGGAGGUUGUUUCUGAUAUCAAAUAUCAUAUACUUAACAUUCUUUGUCUGUAUGAAUGUAAUGUCAAGUAGCAUUUGAUGUAAUGCAUGCCUAGUGGCUUACAAGAACAUUAAAAAUCAAUUAAUGGAGCUGAGCUCUGAAAAUCAUGCCACUGUAUUGCACCGAUGUGAUUAGUUGUUAUAAGCAAUUUGUCUAUUCUAAGAGUAGUAUUAAUAUUUGGCUGAAAGGAGUAUCUGAGAUAUUUCUGUGGAAGUGUCAUUGUCUUUAUGAAUGUCAGAUUGAUUCUUACACUAAUUUCAGUAUAGUUGUAUUAAUUUUUAGUAAUCCAUCCAGACAUGGAAAUGAAAUCAGUAUUGCAUUAAAUUCUAUGCAGUUUUAAAGAAUGCCCAGAGAGCAUAUGUUUUAAUCAAGUUUGUUAAACUCCAUUGUACUCUAUUUAUACUUAAAAAUGAUUUCUAUAAAUAUUUAAUGCUCAAGAUGAGGAAAGAGGCCUGAAUCUUGUGGCGUUUUUUAAUUUUUUAGUCAGAAUGGUUGUUUAAGAGCUGUGACUCCUGUUUCAGUACUCGAAUAAUUUGUUUGCUUUGUUGAAUAAUGAUACAUAGAUUUUAUUGAGUCUAAUGUAAUCCUUGUUAAAUCAAUUUUUUGCAAGACGCUCCUCAUAGAUUGUGCAU